CUCCACCAUCAGUCUUCGACUACCUUUCAUUGGCCAAUACAAGUGGAAUUCGUGUUUCCCGACGACAGCCAAAAAGAGUAUUACCAACCAACCAACGAUGACAGCCAAGCUUUUACUGGCCACGAUCCUGUGCCUCAUGGGCGGCAGCGCCUUGGCAGCGGACGCAAUUCUGGAGGGCAACUACAAUGUGACGGCCGUCUGUACGGCGGUGAAGACCGGAACCCAGCUGGGCAGCAUCGAGUCCUGCCAGAACUACUAUGUCUGCAGCUCCAGCGGACCGGUGAAGAACUCCUGCCAAGCCGGUUACUCCUACGCCUACGCCAAGAGCGGCUGCUACCCCUCGAGCCAGGUGGAUUGCUACUGGGGCGUGUCCGAGCCCUGCUCCGGAAAGAAUGGCACCUGGGUGCCCAACACGGCCGUCUGCGGUGGAUACUUCUAUUGCGACGAGGGCAAGAGCUCGGCGCCCAAGAGGUGCGCCAACGGUCAGGUAUUUGACGCCAGCACCAAGGGCUGCGUCUGGGGAUCCUGCAACGAUAACCUCGUGGAAACCGAGGGAACCACCCUCAACAGCAUCUGCGAUGUGGUGCCCCCUGGCAUCUGGUUCGGCGACACCCAAGCCUGCGACAUCUGGUACAACUGCCAGUCCACUGCAACCGGCAUUAAACAGACAAGCGGAACAUGUCCGACCGCAACCCCUGACUUCAACCCUCAAGCCCAAAUGUGCGGUUAUCCAUCCGCCACCGUGUGCAACCGUGUGACCGGAAUACCGAUUAGCGAUGCCGGAGUUUCCUGCGCCACCAACGGCGAAACGAAGCCCGAUGUCACCGUUUGUGGCCAGUACUUGCAGUGUGUGAAUAAGCAGUGGACCAAGGUGGCCUGUGCCUUUGGCUACUACUGGGAUGUGGAGUCCAGUGGCUGCAAGCUCCGUGAGGCGGCCACUCCAGUGGAUACCUGCAACCGUUGCCAGUACGCCAAACAGUCGUUUGUGAACGACGUCGAUUCGGACAACUGCAGGAACUACCUUUACUGCCCCUCCAGUGGCCAGCCCACAGAGCUCACCUGCCCCGAAGAGCACUUCUUCAACGAGGACAUCCAGGGAUGUGCGCCCGACUCCGGCCUGGACACCUAUGUGGCCACACACGGAGCCUGCUAUGGAGCCACUGCGGGCGGCUCGUCCACCGAUUCCGACGACAGCAACACGACGGCCUAGCCACAAAUUGGGGGGCAACUAAAAUGGAACUCACCACAGGACCAUCUGAAAACAAGAUUCUAUGUAUUUACCAUUUAGUAUUCAGCUUAUAUAAAAGGCAAUAAAAUUACGAUCGCAAGCAAA